GCUCCCACAAGGCCGAAUUAUUGUUUUAUUAUUUCAGGAAACACAUCUCUUUCCAUAAUUGCCGUAUAUAUGACUAGUUGGAAACCGACCAGCUGAUUCCUAGCAACGUGUAUUUGUUUACAAACAAGAGGUCCACUGUGGGUGACUCAGGAAUUUUGUCUCGGAUUGACCAUGAAACUCCACUUUCUAGGAACCGGCUCAAGCUACCCAACAACCAAGCGUGGUGUGUCAUCUUUAGCUCUACAGCAGGAUGAUGGCUCCAUAUGGCUCUUCGACAGUGGCGAGGGCACUCAGAUUCAGGCCCAGAAAGUCGCCAUUUCGAGACAAAAAAUUAACAAGAUCUUCAUCACUCACCUUCACGGAGAUCACAUGUUUGGACUCCCUGGCCUCCUCUGCACCAUUUCAUCCCAGUUUGGCCUGACUGAGGAACAACUGGAGAAGGAAGUGCCUCAUGUUGAUAUAUACGGCCCCAAAGGUCUCAGGAGAUUCAUCUACACAGCAUUAAGUCUGUCAAGAUCUCCACUGAUUUUCAAGUAUUGUGUACACGAGAUGGUUCCAGUUGCCUCACAGUAUUCUGAGGACUGGGAAGACUGGGACGUUGACCACUCUGAGCCCAGUGCAACCCACCCCAGUGAGCUUCCAGGGGUCACAGUCGAGCCUAGUGUUAUGGAGGAUGGCAAUGUAUAUUGGAAACUUAUAGACAAUGAGGAGUGGUGUGUGCGAGCUGGUUGGAUUCAUCACAGGAUUCCAAGUUUUGGUUUUGUCAUCAAUGAGAAAGACAGGCCUGGUACACUCGACAAGAGUAAACUGGUCUCGUUAGGAGUAAAGCCAGGCCCUGUGUAUGGCCAGCUAAAGAGCGGAAAGUCCAUAACAAUGGAGAACGGAGAUGUUAUCACCCCGGAAAUGGUCCUUGGCCCACCCAUUCAAGGACGAACGCUCAUCAUACUUGGAGACACUAGCGAUGCAUCACCUCUUGCCCACAUGAUCCAGAGCUGUGAUGUAGUCGUCCAUGAAGCAACACAUGAUGACACUCUAGUAGAUAAAGCAGUGGAGUUUGGCCACUCCACUCCUAGUCAAGCUGUGGCCUUUUCCAAGUCAGUUGGAGCCAAGGUGCUCUUGCUCAACCACUUCUCCCAGAGAUACAGCCCUUCUUCAAAAGAAUCUCUAAAGGAAGGUGAGGAGACAGUGGCACUGCUGGAAGAGCAAGCACAGGCAGCAGCUGCAGGAACAGGCUUAAGUGUACAGUGUGCUGACGACCUCUUCGUGUAUGAAGUACCUGGCACCAGGAGAGCGAAUACAAGGAUCAUUGGUGGCACACAUGGAUGGCGCAGUACCACAUGAAUGGUAGAACUGCCUUCCCUCACAAGGAUCCAAGGUAAUAGUUUGUACAGUGUGGUUCAAAUUCAAAGGAAAUGAUAUUGUGUGGCCUAUAAGCUGUCUUAUUAACAUGCUUAUUUAUUUUUAUAGAACAUAAAAUAAUUCAGCCUUAAAGUUUGUGUGAAGUGGCAAUAGGUUACUAGGGUGAUAUAAUUCAUCUCACAUUUCAUUAGACAACGAGAAAUAUGUUUUGGAUUUAUUACCAAAUUUUUUUUGAAGAACCCCCUCAGAACCAUUCUCUGUGAUUAUAAAGAAUGUUCAAUAAAAUGUUGAAACCUGA